CACCGCAGUGAACACACUACGACUUCUUCAAGUCUCCCUCCCACACACACACAAUCUCUCUUUAAACAUGGAUAUUGUAGUACAAAAGUCAAUGUCAAUCUUCAACAGCUACGAGCCACCGGUGGGCUACUACACACCAUAUAAUACACCGCCAUAUAUAACACCCUAUACGGAAAGCAGCUGGCUAACGGAGCAGCAACAGCAGCAGCAGCAACAACACCAGCAGAUGCAGCACAUUAGAUUUCCCACACCACCAAUAACACCGCCACGUCCGGUUCUCUUCGAUGGUAACUCACCCACAGCGAAUCUACGCACACAAUCGGUCAUUAUGAAGGUGCAGAGUCCCAGCAUAAGCAUCAGUCCGGAGGAGGAUAGCAAUAGCAAUAGCAGCAGCAGUGAAUGCAGUGAUUUCAUAUGCAAUUGGCUGGAAUGUGGACGAAUCUUUGAGACACUUGAGGCGCUGGCUCAACAUGUCACCCAGAGGCAUGCCAUAGCCUCGCUCAGUGAUGGUCUCUACUAUUGCCGCUGGCAAGGUUGCCAGCGUAGCGAACGGGGAUUCAAUGCCCGCUACAAGAUGCUAGUACACACUCGUACCCAUACCAAGGAGAAGCCACAUCGGUGUCAUCUAUGUGAGAAAUCAUUCUCACGGGCGGAAAACCUCAAAAUUCACAUAAGAUCGCAUUCGGGUGAAAAGCCCUAUAAAUGCAAUUUUGAGGGCUGCCAAAAGGCCUACUCCAAUUCAUCUGAUCGCUUCAAACACACUCGCACCCACUCCAUGGAGAAACCUUAUAUGUGCAAAGUAAUUGGCUGCCAAAAACGUUAUACAGAUCCCUCAUCAUUGCGCAAACAUGUGAAGACAUUUAAGCAUAGUAUUCAAUUGAUUGCCAGUCAACCCUUGUCUUUGCCCAAUCAUCAGGCCAUAGUCACCUCUCCGUCACCACUGGAGGCUAGCGAAGCCACCUACACCUGCCUCUUGCCCCCAGCACUGAGCGUUGAAUCCUCAUCAUCAUCGUACAUGGAUGCCACACAAUCUAGUCCCGAUGUGCCCAGCGAUUAUUCGUUAAAACAUAAACCAACUACGGAAUUCACAUCCAGCUAUUAUCUACAAAGUGAGGACUACUAUAUGCAUAUGGAUGGGGAAACGCCAUUGGAUCUAAGCAUGCACAGAAGUUGAAAUUAGAGAGAUGCAAUCCAUCUUCUCUACUCUCUCUCUCUAUCUCCCAGCCAACCUGCUCUUUAUGCAUUUCUCUAGUCAUCAGUUCUUGUCAUUACUGUUAGAUUAUCUAUAUAUAUACAACUAUUAUAAAUUAUAAAACAAAUCUACUACUGAUUAAACACUUUAUAACAAUUA